AUGGUUUAUUAUAGAGUAGCCUCUGCUUUAGCCCGCCUAGCCGCCCCACCAGCCAGGCAGCUUCUAGCGCUAAAAAAGCCACUCCAGGGUCAGGCGUGGCUACUGCAGCCGGCCGGCUGGGCCGGCUGGAUAACCGGCCAGGCGCCUUUGCACACUGCUAGUCGCAUGAGGCAGAAGCUGAACAGCGCGGAGCAUGAUGCUGGCGAUUCCGAUGCCAACAUACCCGAGGGAUAUGUCACUAGUGACGACAAGGCUGGCGCAGGUCAUGGUGGUGAUUCUGGACAAACUGUUGGCAAGAAGAAGAGGAAGAAUCGUAGUCCCAUGAAGCGGUGGAGGGAGAACAAGCAGAAGUGGGAGGCCCGAAAAGCAGCUGGCGAAGACGCUGGUGAGGCUCCCAAGAGGCCCAAGAACCCAGGUCGCAAGGAGCGGGCGAGGGUGAGAAAGCAGAAAAAACUGGCCAAGCAAGCGGCUGGCAGCGACCCUACCAUUCCAGCCAAUCCAAGUGCCAAGGCAAAGGCCUCGGCUGUCGUUAUUCCUCCCAACAAUGACACUUCUGACGAGGAAUACUCUCUUGCCAAAGAAACUUUUGUGGAGGAAGCUCAUGUGGAGGAGCCCGAGAUCAAGUCAGAUCCUUCCCUGAUCGGCUCUGAGGAGAGGAUUGCCCAACACCUGGAAUCUGAGGAUGACUCCAUCAAGACCGAGGACGAAUCCAUCAAGACCGAGGAUGAAUCCAUCAAGACUGGGGAGGGGUCCAUCCAUGGAAAUUCCGGUGAUGGUCAUGUAGACCGGAACACACUUCCAAAAGCGGCUGAGACCAAGGCAAAGGAAGAGCCCUUAAACUAGUUGUUUUCGCAAUAAAUAGACGCGGAGCAUAGCUGGAAAAGGCGCGUUCUGAUACGGAUUGUAUCGCGGGCCGGCGGCAGGUUUCCGCAGCGAGGCUGCUGACAUGCAGUAGGCGAUGAUGGAUCUGUACCUGAGCAAGGCUCCACCUUGACGUAGUACUGAGGCUCACUGUCUUGUAGACGGUGCCAAGUGAGCCUGGUCGUACUCAGUCGAGUCGACGGAACACAUCUACCCUACAAACUACAGCGCUCAAGAUUUAUUUCCCCUUGCCCUUAGCGGUUGAGACAUAUGGAACCUAUGCGACAGAAGAAACCCCGUGAGUCAUCCUCUUCUUUCGCCGCUCUUCCGGAUUCUGCAGGGCACGCCCCAGCUACCCGGCACGGAGACGAGACCAUCACGCAUCUCCCCAAGACGCUUCCAACGGAUCGGAAUAAUAGCC